AUGUUAUUCAUUUGAAAAUUGCAACGUAAGGAAGGACCAUUGAGUAUUCUUUUUUUGCAACUUGAGGUUGAAGAUGUCUGUUAGAUAUGUCCAGAUUUUUUCUGUCCUUUCUAUUUGGUCCUCGCAUGAGUGCUCCUUUUAUUGGCAUUAAAUAAGCCUACCCAUAGACUGUCUCAUAUAGUUAUGUCUAGGAAAAUUCUUAGUUGAUUAUUUAUCUGCUAGAACAGUGACAAUUGCAUGCUUGUGCUUGUUUCAAGAUUCAAGAACCUGUGGCUUGAAAGUCUAGUACAUAAGUGUUUCUGGCUUUUAGUGUAAAGUUUUUGAUCUUAAGAGAAUGAGAACCAGGCGAGGGAAGCAUUCUGAGGCCUUUUGGCCUUCCAUUGUGAUGAAGAAAUGGUUAAAUAUACAGCCUAAGGUGUAUGAUUUUAGCGAAGAUGAGGUUGACACUGAAACUGAGAGUGAAGAUGAUGCUUGCUCUCUUAAAGAUGCAAAUAUGCAAGCGGAUGAGGAGCAUGCCCAUAGGACACAAAGGAACCAAUCCAUUUUCCCCUGUCAAACUUCAGAUACACCUUCCAAGGGGUAUCAGUUACGACACAGAAGAGGAAAAUCAGAAACUCUGCGUGCGCAGUACAUAAAUACAAAGGAUGUGAGGGUGACAAUUGGUACUUGGAAUGUUGCUGGAAGACUUCCAUGUGAAGAUCUUGAGAUUGAUGACUGGCUUUGUACAGAAGAGCCAGCAGAUAUUUACAUUCUUGGUUUCCAAGAGGUAGUCCCUUUGAAUGCAGGGAAUGUACUGGGGGCUGAGGAUAGUAGCACCAUACCAAAAUGGGAGGCGAUCAUACGAAAAACCCUCAACAAAUCUUUGGAACCUGAAAGCAAACACAAAUGCUAUAGUGCCCCACCCUCCCCAGUGAUGAGGACUUCUUCUGUUGCUGAUGUACUUGAAGCUGAGGUUGAUACAUUAGAGAUGAUGAGCGAUGAAUACGUCAUGACAACAAAUAAUUAUGACAUGGAACAGGAGGCAUUGGAUAAAGUAAUUGGUUUUGGAAUGAAUUUACCAUUGAAGAGAAUAUAUGGUAUUGAUUGCAAUAAUGGAUUAGACUGGCCUGAACGUUCAUUAGAUGCAACCCCUCAAGUGAUCUCCUCCAAUUCAAAAUUGCGGAGAGUAUUCAGUAGUUCUGCAAGAAUUGGAUUUAACACGACAGACAAUUCUCUACCAGCAAGUCCUAAAAGUUUUGCAUUAGAAUGUAGUAGAUUGAAACGUUCGCACCAUAGUUCAGAUGACUUAGGCUUGUUGUGGAUGGAGCAGCAAGAGAAGCCUGAAGUUCUUGAUUCUCUAUCUAAUGUAUCCGGAACUUUUUCUGAUGAGGAAGAUGAUGAAUUUCUUGAACUUCCACAGGCUCAGCAAACUAAUGAAGUUACCAAAAAUUGUUUGAAGUCACGUCAUAGGUAUGUGAGGAUUGUCAGCAAGCAGAUGGUAGGGAUAUACGUAUCAGUUUGGGUGCGAAAGAGCUUCAGAAGACAUAUCAACAAUUUGAAAGUUUCUCCUGUUGGAGUUGGUCUAAUGGGCUACAUGGGAAAUAAGGGAUCGGUUUCUGUUAGCAUGUCUUUGUUUCAAUCCCGGAUGUGCUUUGUUUGUUCUCAUCUGACUUCUGGUCAGAAGGAUGGGGCUGAACAGAGGCGUAAUUCUGAUGUUAAUGAAAUUAUACGGCGGACCCAUUUCUCAUCUAUCUUCGAUACAGAUCAACCACAAACAAUUCCUUCUCAUGAUCAGAUAUUUUGGUUUGGGGAUUUGAAUUAUCGCAUCAAUAUGUUGGAUGAGGAAGUGAGGAAAUUGGUAGCUUUAAGAAGGUUGGCUGAACUUCUCAACAACGAUCAGCUAAGCAAGGAACUCCAUAGUGGGCACGUAUUUGAUGGAUGGAAAGAGGGGAAGAUAGAGUUUCUACCCACUUACAAGUAUGAAAUCAACUCUAAUAGAUAUGUUGGUGAAAACCCAAAAGAAUGUGAGAAGAAGAGAUCUCCAGCUUGGUGUGAUCGUAUACUUUGGUUAGGAAAAGGCAUAAAACAAGUUUCCUACAAGCGGGCAGAGAUAAGGCUCUCAGAUCAUCGACCAGUUAGUUCAGAUUUCUUGGUUGAAGUUGAAGUCCUAGACCAUCGGAAACUGAAAAGGGCUCUCAAUGUCAACAGUGCAGCUGUACAUCCUGAAAUUUUCCUUGAUGAAGAGAAUUAGAAUCUUAGCAGAGGGUUGCAAAUCAUUAUGGCAUGUUGCAAGGCGGUACCUUGUCUGAUUAGUGGGUGUCAAGAUGCCAUCAACCAACACCAUCAAUGUCUGACUAUAGCUUACAAGAAGUGAUUGUCACAGUCAAGUAUUUCAGCUGGGAUCACAAGUCUGAUUUAGGUCAUACAAGCUAAUAAGUUAAGAGGAAUAAGGAAUGAAUGUAUAUAGCAAAAGCCAACCUAUUUGCUUCUAUUUCUAGAGGACCUCCAAACAUUUGUGUUAUCGGUGGGUUUACUGGUUUUGUAGUGUUGCGGGUCUGUAUGGUUCUGUUUUCAAAUUUUGUGAUGGGUUUGUGGAGCUACCAUAAAUUUAAGAUAUACUAGCCUGUAACUUGAGUUAGUUGCUUUUUUA